ACAGAAUUCUACGAAAGUAGACAAAACGGUAUGUCUUUCGAUUCGGGAAAAUUUGCAGGGUCUCUUAGGAAGCAUUUGUUCCGCGAGCACUUGGGCCUUUUGUGGUCUAACGAAGAUAUUAGCGUUAAAGACAUCGUGAGGAAAUCGUUUUACCACGAUAUUUGGCGAGAGAGAAGCAAAGUGAAUACAGUAAUUUUUGAGGAUGUAUUUAAUUGCAUCCCGACAAAUAAAGUAGUUAAUUUCCAAAUGUUGAAGCAAUAUCAAAACGAAACUCCUCUGUGUUCCACUAAUCCAAGUCUUGCUCAAAAGAUGAUUAAAAACGUUCAGGGUCAUCUGGUCGAUUUUCCACUAAACUUUCUCUGUAAUGAAUCGCUCAAGCCAGCUGCCAACACCGUUGAAGGAAUCAUGCCAACUUCCCUGUGGACUUGAAUCAGUAUUUUUGUUAUGCGCUUUAUAUAUUUAUUUUAGAGAAUGUGUUUUUAAUGUAUUACAUGUAGAUAGUAAAAUUUACAGUUAUAUUUUUAUAAUGAAACUUUUCUUGUAAAAGAUCUAGCCACUAUGCAUAAGGUAGCUAACUUUCCACAUAAUUGUUUAUUUUUUAGACAAUCGACACGUAUAAAAUAAUUUAAAAAUUAUAUCUCCUAAAUUUCAAGUUUCGCAAGAAGAAAAAGCUCGCGAUUUUUUUUGGUGCUCUUUUUUACUCCACCAACCAUAAUUUCUGAUGCCUUAUUCUUGUCCCGUUGCGUAUAUCGCUCACCACUGUCGAGAGCUUCGGUUUCAGUUAACUGUUUUACCUGGAAAUAUUCUCUUGCACACUUGCAGAACAGCUUGAUUGCUCAUCUGUCUGCACUUAUACAUCUAUUUGAAUAUUUUACCGCUCACUAGAAGCACUUGCCUUUACUAUUUGUGCAAGAAAGAUGUAAAGUGCCAAAAAUUGAUGGGCGUCUUAUAAUUCAAGGACAGCGUGUGAGCUUUUAACAUAACGAUCGAUCAAGUGGGGGUGUGCAAAUGUGUUUUGUCAAGCAAGGGGAUUUUUUUCGUUACCCGCUACGGGAUGAUUUGAUGCGUACGUGCAAUAAUGAUCCAACUACAGUUACCGAUAAUUAUUCAAGAUUAUCGAUAAUAUUUUGGGAUUGUUGCAGAUAAUUCAAAAUUUUUGAAAAGUUAUCGCUUAUUAUUUUAAUUAAAAAAUUCUUUUAUUUACCACUAACGUAUGCAUUUUAUUUACACAUUGCAUUUAACUAACGCUUUUGACAACUUUUGUAUUUUUUGAUUUUACGUUGUAUGAUUAUUUAAAAAUGCUCACAACAAUCUUAUAAAAA